AUGAAGCUGCUGCAGGGAUCCGUCCUAGGCGCGGUGUCGCCGCACGACGACCAUGUAGUGGUCUGCCACAGAUCACCUGGGCUGUUGCAGAAUGACUUGGCCAGCCUGGCCGCCAUGGGCCCGAGCACCUGGGUGUCCUCCAAGGCCGCGACCUACGCCAGCUUCCUGCAGGCCUCCCCCAGCACGAUGCAGGGCAGGCGGGCGCGCACCGGCUUCAUCGACUGCUACGACGCCUUCGACUCCAAGCCGACGAUCGUCAAGAAGUGCUCCGAGAUGGACGACAAGAACUGUGACGACAUAAAGGAUGGUGAAGAGAGGAAGGACUGCUGCCAGAUGUCGAUGAAGAUACAACAGACGGACGCGACGAAGAAUGCGCACAAGGGCAUACGCUGCAAGUGGCAGAAGGCAACCAACGGCACGUUCGGCUUCGGCAAGAAGGAGGCCGGGUGCGUGCUGGGCAACAGCUGCGCUCUUCCGGGCUGCAAGGAGUGCUUCGAUAAGAUUGAGUGGAAAACCAGCUGA